UUGUGCAAACCGGGAAGAUGGCGGCCGGCGGCGGCGGAGGCAGCAGUAAGGCCUCCUCCUCGUCGGCCUCUUCGGCGGGGGCUCUGGAGUCCUCGCUGGAUCGAAAGUUCCAGUCGGUAACCAACACGAUGGAAUCCAUUCAAGGCCUGUCGUCCUGGUGUAUAGAGAACAAGAAACACCACAGCACCAUCGUCUACCACUGGAUGAAGUGGCUGCGGAGAUCUGCGUAUCCCCACCGUUUGAAUCUCUUCUACCUUGCCAAUGAUGUCAUACAGAACUGUAAAAGGAAAAAUGCAAUCAUAUUUCGUGAAUCGUUUGCCGACGUCCUUCCAGAAGCAGCUGCUCUAGUGAAGGACCCAUCUGUGUCUAAGUCUAUAGAACGAAUAUUUAAAAUCUGGGAAGACAGAAAUGUAUACCCAGAAGAAAUGAUCAUGGCAUUGAGAGAAGCUUUGAGUACCACUUUCAAAACUCAGAAGCAGCUGAAAGAAAAUCUGAACAAACAACCGAAUAAGCAGUGGAAGAAAUCACAAACAUCUACGAAUCCAAAAGCUUCUCUCAGGUCUAAAAUUGUUGCUGAAUUUCGAUCUCAGAACCUCAUUGAAGAACUAAUGAUCUACAAGCGCUCAGAAGAUCAGAUAGAAUUGAAGGAGAAACAGUUGUCAACUAUGAGGGUGGAUGUGUGCAGUACAGAAACUCUGAAGUACUUAAAAGAUAAAACAGGAGGGAAGAAGUUUUCCAAAGAAUUUGAAGAGGCAAGCGCCAAGCUGGAAGAAUUUGUGAAUGGAUUAGAUAAGCAGGUGAAAAAUGGACCCUCACUAACAGAAGCACUGGAGAAUGCUGGGAUUUUCUAUGAAGCACAGUACAAAGAAGUAAAAGUGGUGGCCAAUGCAUACAAAACCUUUGCUAACCGAGUAAACAAUUUAAAGAAGAAAUUGGAUCAGUUAAAGUCAACCCUUCCUGAUCCUGAAGAAUCACCAGUCCCUUCCCCAAGCAUGGAUGCUCCCUCCCCAACUGGCUCUGAGUCUCCAUUUCAAGGAAUGGGAGGUGAGGAUUCCCAGUCACCAACUGUGGGGAGUGAGAAAUCUGCCACACCUGAGCCUGUGACGGACAAUCGUGAUGUGGAAGACAUGGAGCUCUCAGAUGUAGAUGAUGAUGGGUCCAAAAUCAUCGUGGAGGACAGGAAGGAUAAACCUGUGGAGAAGACAGCCGUCUCCACUUCUGUACCUGCAAAGCCAACAGAAAGUGUCUCAAAGGCCUCUUCGUGUGCUCCAGUGCCUGUGACCAUGACAGCAACCCCACCUCUUCCAAAGCCUGUGAAUACGUCUCUUCUGUCCCCUGCCCCAGCUUUGGCUUUGCCAAACCUGGCUAAUGUGGAUCUAGCAAAGAUCAGUUCCAUCCUUAGCAGCCUGACUUCAGUCAUGAAAAAUACUGGGGUCAGUCCUGCAUCAAGACCUUCUCCAGGAACUCCUACCAGUCCCAGCAACCUCACCAGCAGCCUGAAAACACCUGCACCUGCCGCAACCACACCUCACAACCCUCUGGCAAAUAUCCUCUCGAAGGUGGAGAUCACCCCUGAGAGUAUUCUGUCUGCUCUUUCCAAAACUCAGACACAGUCAGCCCCUGCACUGCAAGGCCUGUCAUCUUUGCUUCAGAGUGUCACUGGGAACCAAGCCCCAGCCAGUGAAGCUACGUCCCAGAACACUUCCGCCUCCCCUGCCAAUACCACAGUCUCUACUGUAAAAGGAAGAAAUGUGCCCUCCAAUACCCAGUCUUUUAUUCCCAAAAGCUUCAACUAUUCUCCUAAUUCAUCAACUUCUGAAGUCUCUUCAACUUCAGCCAUCAAGGCAUCAAUAGGGCAAAGCCCAGGGCUUCCAAGCACUACUUUUAAACUACCGUCCAACUCUCUGGGGUUUACUGGUACCCACAGUACUAGCCCUGCUGCCCCACCUACUGAAGUUGCCAUGUGCCAAUCUUCAGAGAGCUCCAAGCCAAAGCUGGAGUCUGAGUCCACCUCCCCAAGUCUGGAAAUGAAGAUACACAACUUCUUAAAAGGUAAUCCUGGUUUCAGUGGCUUAAAUUUAAACAUCCCAAUCCUGAGCAGUUUGGGAUCCAGUGCCCCAUCAGAGAGCCACCCCUCAGACUUCCAGCGUGGCCCUACUAGCACCUCAAUCGACAACAUUGACGGAACCCCGGUUCGGGAUGAACGGAGUGGGACUCCCACCCAGGAUGAGAUGAUGGACAAGCCCACAUCAAGCAGUGUAGAUACUGUGUCCCUGCUUUCUAAGAUCAUUAGCCCUGGUUCCUCGACACCCAGCAGUACAAGAUCACCACCCCCUGGGAGAGAUGAAAGCUAUCCCCGGGAGCUCUCCAAUUCCGUAUCUACAUAUCGACCCUUUGGCCUGGGCAGUGAAUCUCCCUAUAAGCAGCCUUCUGAUGGAAUGGAGAGACCAUCUUCCCUGAUGGACUCUUCACAGGAAAAGUUCUAUCCAGAUACUUCUUUCCAAGAAGAUGAGGAUUAUCGAGAUUUUGAGUAUUCAGGGCCUCCACCCUCUGCCAUGAUGAACCUAGAGAAGAAACCAGCCAAAUCUAUCCUGAAGUCAACCAAGCUUUCUGAUGCCACCGAGUAUCAGCCAAUCCUGUCCAAUUAUAGCCACAGGGCCCAAGAAUUUGGGGUAAAGUCUGCCUUUCCUCCAUCUGUAAGGGCCCUCUUGGACUCUAGUGAGAACUGUGAGCGUCUCUCAUCCUCCCCUGGGCUAUUUGGUACCUUCAGCAUAAGAGGGAAUGAUCCUGGGUCUGACCGGUCACCAUCACCGAGUAAGAAUGAUUCAUUUUUUGCCCCUGACUCCAACCACAAUAGCUUGUCUCAGUCUACCACUGGGCACCUCAGUUUGCCACAGAAGCAGUACCCAGACUCUCCUCACCCAGUCCCACAUCGUUCCCUUUUCUCUCCGCAGAAUACCCUUGCUGCUCCCACGGGCCACCCACCCACAUCAGGCGUGGAGAAAGUCCUGUCCUCCACCAUUUCCACCACAUCGACGAUUGAGUUUAAGAAUAUGCUUAAAAACGCCUCACGCAAGCCCUCAGAUGAUAAGCAUUUUGGCCAAACCCCCAACAAGGGCACUUCCGGUGAUGGUAUCAGUCUGACCAGCCUCGCCCAGCCCAGCCUGCCCACCUCUGAUCAGCAGCAACAAGAAGAGCACUACCGCAUAGAAACCCGCGUGUCUUCCUCCUGCCUAGACCUGCCUGAUAGCACUGAAGAAAAGGGGGCCCCUAUAGAAACUCUGGGUUAUCGUAACGCAGCCAAUAGGAGGAUGUCAGGGGAGCCAAUACAGACCGUAGAGUCCAUCCGAGUUCCUGGGAAGGGAAAUAGAGGACAUGGGCGAGAGGCUUCAAGGGUGGGUUGGUUUGAUCUGAGCACAUCAGGCAGCUCUUUUGACAAUGGACCCUCAAGUGCCUCUGAGUUGGCAACCCUUGGGGGUGGGGGCAGCGGAGGACUCACUGGCUUUAAAACACCCUACAAGGAACGGGCACCCCAGUUUCAGGAGAGUGUCGGCAGCUUUCGUUCCAACAGUUUCAACUCAACAUUUGAGCACCAUCUCACCCCGUCCCCCUUGGAACAUGGGACACCCUUCCAGAGAGAGCCAGUGGGGCCGUCACCUGCCCCAGCUGCCCCUCCUAAGGAUCAUGGUGGUAUUUUCUCUCGAGAUGCACCUGCUCAUCUGCCCUCUGUGGAUCUCUCGAACCCUUUCACAAAGGAGGCAGCCCUGUCCCAUGCUGCCCCACCGCCUCCUCCUGGAGAGCACAGCGGAGUUCCUUUCCCUGCCCCACCCCCUCCUCCGCCCCCUGGGGAACUUAGCAGCAGUGGUGGGAGUGGUGUCCCCUUUUCUACUCCACCGCCUCCACCCCCUGUUGACCACUCUGGAGUUGUACCCUUCCCUACCCCACCACUGGCAGAGCACGGAGUGGCAGGGACUGUGGCAGUAUUUCCCAAGGACCAUAGUUCCCUUCUUCAAGGGACCCUGGCUGAGCAUUUUGGCAUGCUCACGGGACCCAGGGACCAUGGGGGCCCCCCGCAACGGGACCUCAACGGCCCUGGCCCUAGCCGUGUGCGCGAGAGCCUGAGCCUACCCUCCCACCCUCUGGAGCACCUGGGCCCAGCCCAUGGCGGAGGAGUUGUGGGGGGCAGCAACAGCAGCAGUGGCCCCCCCUUGGGUCCCUCACACAGAGACACCAUCAACCGAAGUGGUAUGAUUUUACGGAAUCCCCGGCCAGACUUUCGGCCUAGGGAACCUUUUCUCAGCAGAGACCCAUUCCACAGUUUAAAGAGACCCAGGCCACCUUUUGCUAGGGGCCCUCCGUUCUUUGCACCAAAACGCCCAUUCUUCCCUCCCAGGUACUGAUGGAAACCAAGGGAAAAGCAUUUGGAACAGUUUAGAGAGCCUUGGAAGUAGGAGUUUGGUUUGUUGUUGUUUUUGUUUUCCCUCCCUUGCUUUAUUUUUUAUUAUGGUAAGGGCCUUCCUCCCAAACUGAAAAGUUACACAUGCCUCCAUUUUACUAUUCCAUCAAGUCCUCCCUCCCACUGCACUUACUACCUUCCCUGAGUUGAUGGUAUUUGGGGGGAAGAAAAAAAACCCACAACCAAAGCCACUUCAUAUGGCUGGGGGCUUGGGGAGUGGGGAGGAAAACAAUCUUUUUCCCAUCUACUGAAGACUAUUUACUACAUUUGAAAUAAAACUUCCAUCAGUACAGAUGAUGACGUGCAAUGUUGGGGUGUUAUUUGGGGCUUGCCCACCCAGUAGUCAGCAGAAGGGUUCCUGUGUCCUCCCCUCUCAAGCUUAGUGACCACUGUACCCAGUGCAGCUCCCUCCUGGGCUCUGCACCGCUCUCAGGCGAAGGACAGGAAGCGCGCCAGCCUUGGGCUUGUCAGGCUUGCUUGGUUUCUGUUUUGUUUUUUUAAGGCAUGUUGAAGUUUAGUUCUUUACCCUUCUCCUAACAGCUUAGUUUUUUAAAAUCCACCUCUUUCUCCAAAGUACUAUCCAGCAGUAACUUUGAGGCAUUACAAACCUUAUUCUUAGUAGAAAUUUUUUCUCUUUGUUCUUGGAGUGAGAGAGAGGAGGCUAAAUAUAAAUGCAGGGUAAAAAUAAGGAGUGAGUACCAUAUAUAAAGCUAGGAAAGGAAUAGUUAGAGGUGUGGUAUAACCUGGCUGGACUUUUAAUCUAGAAAAUAGGACACAUUUUGAAAUAGUUUUCCAAAAAUCUUGUGCCAUGCUCUUGCCUCUUGCUUUUUUUCCUGGGCUUUCUUUUUCUCCCUCAGUUUUUACUUUUGGCUGGAAAGAAAGUCAGUACAGUUGGCCAUUGAUACAAAGGUUCAACUGAAAUAUCUCUGCAUCUCUUAAUAAAAGAAAUAGACAUUAAAGUUACCAUGAUGCCUCCUUAAUGUAAUAUUUAUUGGUGGUUUUCAGCAAGGAUUAACACUGAAGAGAAAGGAAACGUUUGUCUUUAUCUUCUCCCCUCACCUCAGUCCUGUAUGCACCCCUCUUCUUGGUAUUUCAGGAGGAGACUCAGUAGUAUGUUUAUAGUGUACCUCUUCAACAGGUGGGCACUGCUGUGCUGGUCUUAGUCCUGAGAAAUGAGGAAACUGGUAACUAGCUUGACCCCACUCCACAGGUAGCAAGCAGAUUUCAAGGGACUAACCUUCUCCCCACCCCAACAGGAAGAAAAGAAGGUUUCUGCCCUCAAGUCAUUUUGCGUGAGACCCUAAGUGCUUUCCGUCCCCCUGGACUAAAAGCUUGUUUAUGUUUCCACAUGUAGUACUUGGGAAAAGACAAGCACUGUACUUUAUGUCUUUGGGUCUAGCGGCACUGAAAAGCAAAUAACUGCUUACUACAUUUCUUUAAUUCAGUGUUUCACCCCACUGAAUUAUAAAUCUCCAGCUAGAUGAGUAAAACAUCCUAGCAAGUUCAUGUAUUUUCUCCUAGUUUAGUAUAGAACUAACUAGGGGAGUAAGGGAGAGGAAUUCUAAUAAUGGGAGAGGCUGGAUAAUGUGACAAGACCAUUCUUUGUCUCACAAUAAACUUGCUUUUCAGAGAAAGCAGCUUAAGCCAGGUGUGCAUCCUAGUUUGGGAGUUUUUUGUAAGGUAUUUUACGUUGUUUGCUUGGGCUCACCCUGUGUUCUGUGAUUAGGGUGUGAUGAGUCAUUCAUCCCCCUAAUGCUUACCUGGCCUUAAGCCAGCUGCUCCUCUCUUUGACCCUCUCAAGCCUCUGUCCUGCAGCUGUCCCUACAAAGAUGCCUGGCGCCAUGACCUUCAUGUGGGACAGGACAUACAGUAUAGCGAAGCAAAGGAAAUAGUUAUGUAUUGGUUCCUAAGACACAGGGAAAAUAGAACAGGGCUGGGGUAGGGGAUUCUAUUUGACUUACAGAAUUGAUUCGAAAGUGAAGUGGCAUGUUUUUCAUUCUAGAAUACAAGAAUGUGAAUUCUUUCUGCUGCUCUUGUUUAAGCUAAAUGUAGUGUUUACUUGAAAAGGCUCUCUGACCUUUGAUUUUAUCAGAAAUGUUGGGAUGUCAGGAAAGUGGCUUCCUGAAUAUUGGGGCAGGGUGAUUGUCCCCAAAACAUGAUGGCUGACACAUGAAAGAAGUGUAGUUCAAAGGUGAACUUGUGGAAUAUUUUUGUUUUGUUUUUGCCACAGAAUCCUCAGUGCAUUUGUUUCAGGAUGGAAGUGAGGACUUGUAUGAGGCUGUUGGUUACUGAUUUUAAAGAAAUCUGUCUAUAGUAAAUGAAGAGGACAGUGUAUAUAUGUGAUAUAGUGAAACAAGAUAAUUCUGGUAUUCAUAAACAUGAAACAAAGAGGUUUUAUUCUUCUGUGUCUGUGAUUUAAAACUCUGUGACCAUGCUCUGACUUUUGUAUUUCAACCUGAGUUUAAAAAAAAUAAACAAGAUAUUUUUUAAAGAAAGCAUAGCAUAGUGUGUCUUAGGAAGGACAUGAUUCAUAUGAAAGCAGAACAUGAGCUAUUAUAAGGCCUUUGGUGCUCACUGUAAAA